UACCAUCUCAUCGCAGACAGCUCGACGCUACAUUGUCUGCGGAACAACACUCUAGCUACUCUUUUGCCCCAGUUUUAUGCCCAAUAAGCCCACUGAAGCACAUCCACAAAGUUAUCGCUUAAUAUCAAACUCUUCCAGCGCUCACCGCCAACAUUUCGCCCAGUAUGACCGUCGCAAACUUGCACACAAAUCCUUCUCCAUCUUGCUGGAGGUUCCAUCGGAGACUCUCACUCACAUCACAUCCUUCCUGGAUCCAGCAUGUCUCUUCGCACUCGCCAGGACGAACAAGCGGCUGUAUGAACACGUAAAAGACGAUAAUACCUGGCACAGAGCCUUUCUCUGCCAGUUUCUGGGCAUUGGCCCCGAGGGCGAUUCUCAUGAUGGCAAUAGCCUGAUGCUGAGGCGCUCAGAGCUGUCCUGGAGAAGGGAGUUCGUCUCUCGGCACAAUCUACGACGACGGUGGAUGCGGUCCCGGAACACUCCGAUAAGCCAUGUACCGACACAUUCGAGCAUCUCCAGUAUGCACCUCAUGUCCGAGGGCGCUUUGCUGUCGUCCUCGCUGCAAUAUGGCAUCGUCGCUCGCUCCAUCCCUCUGACUGGGAAAGUCCUCCGAGGUUUUCUCGACGCUGGAGGUAUGUUGAACGGGCUGGGCAAUGGAAAUCCCAACGCAGAAUUCUCGCCGAACGUCGCAGCUUGCGCCCUAACUUCGGAUGGCGGAACUGCGAAGAUCGCGUGGGGAUUUACAAAUGGUGAGGUAGCCAUGACUACCGCGGCCAGUGCCAUGAAUCACGGGAGCAGGGCUGCUGCCAAAUACGCUCGAUGCAAGGUUGGCGAGCUGCACGAUGGUGUGGUCGACAAUGUUAUUUGGGACACCUCGGUAAGUAGCCGACCGGCAAUCGUCACAAGCGCUUCAGAUGGGCGCGUUAAGCUUUGGGAUGCGCGCGAGUUCAAGUGCCUAUGGUCAUCCGAGAAGCAGGAUUCUCCUACAGUUGACCCUUUUGUCAAACUAGCGAGCAAUGUGUCAUUGGGACUUGUAGCAGCACUGUCGAGGAGUGGAGAUGUACACAUCUGGACCGGCCUUGCGUCUCUCAUGUCACAACCCAACGAGGUUAGCGUCGAGCUCCCGGUAAAUUAUGCUCGCGUAUCAGAACCGGAGGUCUCGAGGAGUAAAAGCUCUGAUAGUGGUUCUUUGUUCAUCGACCCUGUGGCAUCUGGAUCUCGGCGGCUCUCAGUUCUACUGUCGCGGACUGGUAAUCCCUCUUUCCAUCGCAUCAAUCUUGGUCCUCGUCUCGACCAGAUGGAGUGGAUCAAGUUCGGCGACGCUACGACUGGAUCAAUACGCUGUAUCCAACCCUCAUUCGGCGAGUCCAGUUUCGUCAUUGCAGGAGAUGAGCUUGGCUAUGUACGAAUAUUCGAUUGGAAUUCGUCACUAACCACCCCUGUCCCUGCAUCCAUGCAAUUUGAAGCCCAUGAUGACGGACCGGUCACUACUCUCGCUUGGAACCCUGUCGUCCUCGCCACGGGCUCUUCGCGUGGUGCAGUCAAAGUAUGGGAUUCGCUGUCGUUUCAGUGCUUACGGGUCAUUGCUUCUGCGUCCCCGAGAGGUAUCGCGGAGCCGGUUUCGCAGAUCAUCCUGGAGCAGGAUAUGAUCGUUGCGACUGUCGGCUCCAGGGCAGUUGCGCUUAAGGUUGACCGCGUUGGGCGGGAAGAUAAGAAAGGGAAGAAGACCAAGCGGGGUGGCGGGCGGGCUGAGACAGCUAAAUGGCAUAAGCAAUUGGAACUAUAUCGAGAUAUAAAUGAGUCUCGUCAAGCCCAGGAGCAGGAGCAAAGUUACAUUCGGCACACGUUCGGUCGUGAAAGAGAGCAACGCGCUACCCUUGAAGGCCUGGGCCUGAGUGAGAUCGAGGCUGUGGAGUAUAUAUUGAUGCUCAGCCGCGAUGAAGAUGAACAUCGGCGUUUUUUGGGCAGCGCGUCGCAGUCUCCGCUGCAACUCCCUGUGCUUGAAGACGAAGGCGUGUUCGAGGCUGACUUUGACGAUCUGCCCCUUGCUUCGUCGUCCUCUAGGGUGGAUGUUCCUGUGAGGAGGUCGCGGCCGUCUUCAUCUAGCACAUCUGUGAACAGUCGCUCCUGGCCGCGCACGCCCUCGUCAUCCUCGAACCACAAAAUUCAGGUAUCCCCGCGUUUCCAGCCUGAACCGAUGGAAGCUGGUCCGAGCGUCACUCCGCUGAACAUCGGAGGGGGUUCACUGCCACUUCCUGUGCGUGGUCCGCCUAUCACGGAUGAGGGCCAUUUCCCGAGCAUCAGUCCGAGCCCUUCUUCCGCGGGCACUUCUAUCCCAUCGUCGAUCAGGCGGUCUGUUUCGGGCAGCCCGGAGUCGCGCAGGAAUGCGUGGGCGACGCCGAUCUCGCGUUCGCUGUCGUCGUCCGGCGCUGCCUCGCCUGUGUCAUCCCCUCGUGUGGUCGCUCGUCAGCCUGGGCCCUCUGGUCUCGCUGCGGAUCUGGCAAGGUAUGGCACGAGCAACGGCAGUGUACGGAGCAGUCCGCCCUUGGAGGAAUUAGAUGAAGAUGAGGAGCUUAGGUUUGCUAUAGAAUUGAGUCUCGCUGAAGCGCGCAGUCGGGGAGAGGAUGUUUGAACUUUACAGCUGACGCUUAUGGACUGUCGCCAAUAUGACCUAGACUAUACAUCUGUCUAUGCCUAGGAUAGAGUAUACCUUCCCGCGUGAUGCCAUAGAAUAACUACGUAGUAUGAAUGAAUAUGGCCUUCCUACCAAUAGACCGGUAGAUCGUGAUUCUGCCCUAAGUAGGAAGGGCGUCGCAUCCAGAUGCAAAUCAAGGAGGCGACCACCAACGCCCUUGAAGGUCAGGGAUUUCUCCAUUUUCAACUUGCUGGCCGUCGAUGUAAAUGCCGCCAGUGAUGUCCUCUUUCUUCAGCGAUAUCCCCAGAACUCGACAUAUGUCUGCAAAAUCUUUUGGUAGCGGCGCGGUCACGCCGAACCGGAAUCGCCUGCUCGGGCCUUCGGGGCGGUAUCGAAAGAAGGAGAUGUGGGAGGAGUGGAGGAAUAGCCGGUCGCAAGGUAUGUCGAUGAUGGGCGACGUUGUCGAGUGUAUGGUAUCGCC